GAAUGUCUGCUCGCAGCCAAGAACACAAACAGGCAAGAUGGCGCUCUUCCACGGGUUGUGAUCGACGGCUGAAAAGUAAAUAUUGUCAUUUUUGCGUCGCUGUCAGUCCGCUGGCGAGUCGUCGAGCAGACCGAGGCGAAACUAGAUGCCCAGGAUCGCCCACUGAGUCCCGAGUGGCAUGGAGAAGGUGCCGGAGCACCCCGCGGUGGAGGACCAGGGCGUGAACGUGAACGUGAGCGAGGACGAGGAUGAUUCCGAAACUGGUGUGGACAGCCACGAAUGGCAGGGGGAGCUCAGCAAAUGGACCAAUUACAUCCACGGCUGGCAGUCGCGGUACGUCGUCCUCAAGGGCGGAACCCUCUCGUACUACAAGUCCAAGAAAGACACGAGCAUCGGGUUCAGGGGCUCCAUCAGCCUGUUCAAAGCAACCAUAAAGCCCCAUGAAUUUGAUGAAAGCCGCUUUGAUGUGUCGGUGAAUGACAGCGUGUGGUAUUUGCGAGCCGCCUCCCCUGAAGAAAAGGCUCGUUGGGUUGACAUUUUAGAGACCUACAAGGCCGAGUCUGGGUAUGGCAGCGAAAACAGCUUGAAACGACAUGGAAGCGCUGUGUCGCUUGCAUCAAAUACUCUCUCCACAGCUUCUACCAGUAGCUUCAAGAAAGCAAGAGGUCUCAAAGAAAAGCUUUUGGAGUUGGGAACUUUCCGGGACAUACUGUGUGGACAGAUUGAUACAUUGCAGAGCUAUUUUGAUGAAUGUGCUCACAAUACCAGCACGACUGAUGGAGGAAAUCCCAAUCCAACAGCUAGUCAUUCCAAAGCCAUUGAUUUCAAAGGUGAAGCAAUGACUUUCAAAGCAACAACUACAGGGGUCCUAACUACUCUUGAACAUUGCUUGGAGAUGGUUCGUCAGAGUGAAGACGUAUGGCGGAAACGUUUAGAAAGAGAAUUAGAACGCCGGCGCCGUCUUGAGGAAAAUAUUCGUCUUCUUCGAUGUCAUGGACCGAGGUCCUCUGUGCAUGCUGGACCAGACUGUGAGGAGGGGCCGCACAGCACAAUGAAUGAAGAUGAAUUUUACGAUGCCAUGGAGACAGGACUGGACAAAAUGGAAGAGGAGGUGGAAUACAGGCAUCGUUUGAAGAAGCAGCACAGUGUAUUAGCAGCUGGCACCGGCACCGGAAAUAAUUCAAUAUCUUCUGCUCAUCAUGGACAUCACAUGUGGCCUGAGAUUGAGCGAGUCACCAUGGAACAGAUACACUAUGCUAGACUCAGUGUGGAGGAUUCUGUAGGUGUGUGGCAACUGUUUGCUGAGGAAGGGGAAAUGAAAAUGUACCGUCGAGAAGAGGAAGUCAAUGGCAUGGUUAUAGAUCCCCUGAAAGCCUGCCAUGUUGUGAAAGGUGUGACUGGCCAUGAAGUUUGUGAAUACUUUUUCAAUCCUCAGUAUAGGCUGGAGUGGGAAGCUACUGUUGAAACAACGACGGUAUUGGAAAAAAUAGCAGACGACACCCUCCUAUUCCUUCAAGUGCAUAAACGAAUCUGGCCUGCAAGCCAAAGGGAUGCCUUAUUCUGGUCUCAUAUGCGACAUGUUCCAGAUGACAAGGAUCAGGAUGGUCCUGACAUUUGGGUUGUCUGUAAUAAUUCAGUUGACAUUCCUGAUCUACCGGCUAAUACUGGCAAAUGUGUUCGGUUGUACCUUACUGUGUGCCUCAUGUGUCAAACAUUUGUUGAUCCACCAAAAGAUGGUGCAAAGGUUACUCGCAAUGAUCUGACCUGCAAGAUCACGUAUUGUUCUGUCGUUAACCCUGGAGGUUGGGCCCCACCAGCAGUACUUCGAGCUGUGUACAAGCGAGAAUACCCCAAAUUUUUGAAGCGGUUCACAAAUUAUGUCAUUGAUCAGUGCCAAGAUAAACCUAUCCUCUUUUAAAUUUGAAGUAAACUGUAUAAUAUAUCCAUGCCUAGUGAAGCUGUAAAAUGUGCGCUUUGAUGAUGGUUUUAUUAUUGUGCACUUAUAAAAUAUCUCAUUUUUAUUUUGAUGUGGUGCUUAUGCGCUAUGUGAAGGUAAUAAAAGUCACUUGGUCAUGCCAUUUACAACACCUGAGCUGACCAGUUACAAAUGACUUUUGUGGAAUAGUGAUUGCUUUGUCAUUUUUGACUAGCAUUGUGCCAUAACAAACACUUAAUUAAUAUCAUUGAAGUUAGUUAGGUCCAAAUCAGCUAUGUGCUUCUCUUUGUGUUGGCUUUUAGAUUAAUUAAGUUAGGAUCAGAAGCUUUAUCUUUAUGAAGUUAUGACUUUCUCUUGAGAUGUUGAAUUUUAUACCAACCCAUUUUUAUUUUUGAGUGAAUUGCAUUAUGCUUUGGCUUUUCUCUGUUGGAUGCAGUGGUUAAUAUUUUAUGUCUUGAGAUUGAGCAUUGUUGUUGUACUGACAAGUUACCUUUUGUCUUUGUCCAAAUUAUGUUGCACUUAAUUUCAUACUCCAGCAAUUUUUAACUUAAAUUAAACUUUUGUUCACUAUUUAACUUGUAUCAAACGCAUAAUUUUCAUUUAAAUGAAUUCUUAUUUUAUGAGGAUCUUUACAAUUGUAGCUACUUUUACUGAUCUGAUACUUGUUUUGAAAUACUUGCGGGGCGGUCAUAAUUCUCAUCUUACUUCACUAUGGGUAACAGCAAUGACUGUGAUAAAACAUUCUUGUUGUGUGAUUCUUUUUUUAAAAACUAAAAUAACAAUUUACAUUUACUUAACAUACCCUUCCCUCUUUGUCUCUAAGGAUUGUUGAACAUGGAAGCCUGUGUUAAUGAAACAUUUUCUGAUUGAUGAUAUGUAUAAUGUGUGAAUAUUUUGACUUAAAGUAGUGAACAAUGUUUGAUUUUAGUUUUGUGAAGACGGGAUCAAUAUUGAACAUCCCGACUCUAAUAGACUUGUAGCUUUGUUUGUUUUGUUGGAAAAUUUUCCGUGUCCCUUGGGUUGAUAUCAUUUUUGGUGCUAUUUUCCUCAAUUUAGGGCUCAAAGUCUGAGCGGGAACUGUGAGACUGCCCAAUGCUAGAUAUUUGUUUUCAAGUCACUCUUUUUUGAUUUGGAGCAAGUGCUGGCUAGAAGCCUGGGGGUAUGAAUUUUCUUUUUCUCCUUUCAAAAUUUUUAAGACUUACAAGCUAUUCAUCAUAAUGUUCUGAAAGUAGUAACACUCAGAUAUUUCCUGUUGAACCCAGUUUUACUU